AUGGAGGCGGCACAAACGAAUGCUGAUUGGUCUUUUUUGAACAAAAAGCCGUUUGGUUUUAUGAUGUCAAUGCAAACUGUGCUCAGUUUGUUCAUCGUUUUACUGGUCGCAUUCGCGCCUUUCGUCUUCGAAGGUGUUGGAUUCGUGAGCGGUUGUGCAUUUGCCUUAUUUAUCACCUCUCUCAUCUAUAAUUUGUUCCACGUUAUGGGAUGGAACCGAAAGGUGCUACAACUGCCCGGUGGUAUCAACCUUUUUGUCCCUUGCACUUUGUGGGUGUUUAUAAUGUCAGCCAUCUUCUUCAUUUUGUUGUCAUUUGGUACCCUUAUAUGCCUAGUUGGGUUUUUCGAUUCGUUCCGAUACACUGUACUUCUAAUAAUUACGUACUUUUUCUUAUCGUUGGCUUGCGCUGCUGAUGCUUUCAUUUGUCUUCGCCUUGGUGUGCUUCUAUUCCGUGCGGCACCUAACAGCCAAGUACUUGCGCUCACUACAGUAGUGAUAGAUGGUGACAAAACAACGAGGUUAGUUCAUUAG